AUGGACGCCUUCCGCUCCAGCGUGCUGCGGCUCGUCAUUGCGCUGAGAUCCAUUCGCCACAAGCCCAAGGCCAGCGCGUACCCGAAGGUCAACGUCCAGGACGUGGUGCUUGACCGGCCGCGCUACGGCUUCCGCAAGGUCUUGCCGCCGCUCCUCUCGCAGUCCGUGCAGAACGAGGUGUUCCCCGCCGAGGCCAUCCGCGCCAAGUACCUAGCCGCCGGCAAGCCGGUGCCGCUCAAGUUCCACAACAAGAGCGACGCCAUCGCGCGGCGAAACUACGACCUCUACAAGGAGCUGGUGGCCCUGGGCCUCCCCCACUUCCGCGUGGGCGAGAAGAAGGUGUACUUGCCCAAGGCCCGCGUGUGCUUGUUGCGCCCCAACGCCAAGCACACGCCGUACCAGGCCAAGUUCCUCGUGCCGCGCAACUUCAACAAGAUGGACUUGCGGGACUACUUGUGGCACGUGUACGGCUUGCGUGCGCUCAACGUGACCGUGCAGUUGUUGCACGCGCGCUUCAUGCGCAACCCCAGCGACCUGGCCCGCUACCGCGGGCCGCAGUACAAGAAGAUGACCAUAGACAUGGAGGAGCCGUUCGUGUGGCCCGCGUUGCCGGACGGCUUGGAGACCGGCGCGCGCCAGACCAUGGCCGACCAGAUGUCCGUGACCAAGAUGUUGAUGCCCGUCGGGUCCGAGAAGAACUUGGUCAACGACAGCUUCGACGGCUUGUACGCCAAGCCGCAGUUGCCGGACAUCUUCGUCAGCAAGAAGAUGCAGAAGGCCUUGCGCCCCGCCGUGGCCCUGGCGCUCGACACCGCGCAGGCCCAGAGCGACCGCGCCAAGGUCGCCCACCUCCUCAACAUCUAG